AUGGCCUCAGGCUGCCAUGGCACAUCGAAAGGAUGGAAAGCUACUGGAUGCUUUCAUCAUCUUUCUCACCUAGAGAGGGGGCAAAAGCCAGUGCUGCUCCAUGGCGCUGAAGACCAACGUCUGCAGCUUGCUGUGCUAAGCAUUGUGGCAAAUGUGCUUUGGUAUACACCACAACUUGCAGUAAAUAAGAUUAUGACUGGAAAUAUCACACAGUGCCAUGAUAAGAUAAAGCAUGAAGCUGAGAUCAAUGGCAACAUUAAGAUUUUUACAGAAGUUGAGAUUGAAAGAAUUACUAGAAACUUUAGCACUCUUAUCGGAAAAGGUGGCUUUGGAGAAGUUUAUAUGGGAAUCCUUGACGAUGACAAUGAGCCUGUAGCAGUGAAGAAAUAUAUCAAUGAAGAUUUGAGAGAAGUGUUUAUGGAAGAAGGAUGUCUUACUCCAAGGAGUGAUGUUUAUAGCUUUGGAUUAGUUCUCUGUGAACUAAUAGCUAGAGAAAGGGUAAGAAAAGGUGACAUUAACCUCAUUGGAUAUGUCAAUAAAGGCUGUGCAAGUGGUAAAGGGUUUAGAGAAAUAUUUGAUGCUGCAAUAGCAAAUGAGAACAACAUGAAGAUUCUUAAAGAAAUGAAGAAAUUGGCAAUUGAGUGCCUAUCACUGAUCAGUUAUAGGCGUCCUCAGAUGACUGAUGUGGUCAAACGCCUUCGGAUUCUGAGAAAAGAAUUGAAGGACAGACAUGAAAAUUAUUCAGAAUCAAUUUUGGCAUCACACCAUUCAUGGCGCAGAAACAACAGGCAAGAGAUAAUCAUGCCCACCUAUAAUUCUAAGAUGCAGAUUAAGAAGAGUUUGGUCUUUUUGAAGAGGAACCUUAGCAAUUCUAAGAUUCAAUCAGAACCCAGCAAUGUGAGAAUUCUCACACAGGAGGAGCUAAAAGAAGUCACACAUAAUUACUCUUAUCUACUCAGUGGAGGUACUUCAGGUAGAGUUUACAAAGGGACACUUGAGGACAAUACAGUGGUAGCAGUGAGAAUAUUUUCUCAAGUACUUGAGGGCUUUGAAGAAGCGUUUAUCAAUGGUGGGAUGAUCCUGUCUCAAAUAUUCCAUAGGAACAUCAUCAAACUUUUGGGAUAUUGCCCGGAUGCUGAUUGCCCAGCUUUCAUGUAUGAGUUUGCUGCUAAAGGUAGUUUAUCUGAUGUCCUGGACAGGCAUGAAGACUUCCCACUAGAUUUACGUGCAAAGAUUGCAGUAAAAAUUGCAGAAGCAUUAGAAUACCUCCACUCAUCAGCAACUGGUAUUAUCAGACACGGUUAUGUGGUACCAUCCAAGAUACUUCUAGAUGAUAAUUUCAUGCCAAAGCUCACUGGCUUUUCAUGGGCAAGGAAGUUUAUCAAGGAGAGUAACAUUAUUGCCAGCGACGAUGCAAUUACUAGUCAUCAGCUUCCAUCAAGCAGGUUCUACGACGACCUAAUUCACGAUCACUGUGUGUCACUAAAAGUGAAAACCGAUGUAUACCAGUUUGGUGUCCUUCUCUUGACGCUUAUUAGUAGGAAGAACUUUGUAUUUUAUGCCGAUCAUGAUGACCUCAUUUCACAAUUCCGCACAGCUUGCCUGGCAGAUGGCAGUGGAAGGACAUUUUUUGAUGAUGAUAUUGCAGUUCAUGGUGGAGAUAUUGUUCUGCUUGAAGAGAUGGGGAGGCUAUCGCUGAAGUGUAUUUGUGAGGAAAUAGAUCGGAGACCAACAAUGAAAGAAGUGGCAGAACACCUUCGAAUAAUCACGAGAUCUUGGAAGAAGUGCUCUUCAGAUGGAGCUACACCGGUAUCCAAAACCGUAACUAAAUCUCAUAUCACCGGAGCUGAAGGCACUAAACUUGACAGGCCACUUAGUUCAGAUAUUAGAGAUUGGCCAUAA